UUUUAUAUUCCUUUUCACGGGAAAAAAUCGAGUGCUCCUCACACAAUAUCCCAACUGUUUUCUCGCUCAAUUUUCGCCGUUGGUGCUGCUCGCCUGAUAAAUUCACGGCUUUAUGUCCGGCUACCGGUGAUCCCCUCACUUUACCGGUCAUCGGGAAAGAGGUAGUUUUUAAAGAUCUUUACUAUCAUAAACAGGAAUAAAACUGUGGAGAAGCAAAAUGUCUUUUCAGAAUAAGGGUUUUUGGAUGGCAAAGGGUGCAGAUGGAGAUCCAUCAUUUGAUAAUCCUUCAAGAAUUGAACCAAAACGAUCUCAUCAGUGGUUUGUAGAUGCAGCUGAACCCGAGUUGUUCCCAAACAAGAAGCAAGCACUGCAAACACCAAACAGCACAUCAAGUUCACAAGUUUCCUGCACAAAUAUUUCUUCUUGGGACAACCCCUCUGGUUUUCAGUCGGUUCAAAACCAAUUUAUUCACCGUUUCUUUGGACCUGAAACUGCAAGAUCUGUCAAUUUUUCUGAAAGAACCAUAUGUCCUGCAAUGGAUGACUCAAAUGCUUCUGUUAGUCUGUCUAUGUCUCACACUUUUGAAGAUCCUGAAGCCUGUCUUAGUUACAAUGGUUUUAGGAAAGUUAAAGUCAAUCAAGUCAAGGACAUUGACAACAGUGUGCAUGAUCCCAAGGGACACAGUUUUAUCAAUGAGAGUAGCAUUGAUAUCUCUGAAGGUCAUACCUUUAAUAGGGAAAAUGAAAGUAGUUUUAUAUCAAUGGGGCAGGCCUAUGAUAAGGAGGAUGGCAAUGUUACAUUAAUGGCUCACAGCUACAAUAGAGAUGCCCAUAUUGUAUCAACAUGUGCUGCGUAUAUGAAAGGAGAUGACAAUUCCAAUCCAAUAAGUGACACCUACAGUAAAGAAGAUGCCAAUAUGAUUUCUUUUGGGGGAUUUCAUGAUGCACGUGAUAUUAUACCUGUUGGCAGGCCCAUCAGCAGUUAUGAUCAGUCAUACAAUCAACCCUCAGUGCAAACACCAGAAGCAGUUCGUGAAAAGGAGUUGGAUACAUCAAAUGCCAAUGCAGCUGCAAGUAACACCCGAGUAGCUAAGUCAAAACCUGAAUCUGUUUCCAAGAACAAACAAGAGGUCAAAACUGCUCGAAAAGAAGCUCCAAACAGCUUUCCUUCAAAUGUAAGAAGUUUGAUUUCAACUGGUAUGCUGGAUGGGGUCCCUGUAAAGUAUGUUUCUUUAGCGAGGGAGGAGCUUCGGGGCAUUAUAAAAGGUUCUGGCUAUCUCUGUAGUUGUCAAUCAUGCAAUUACUCCAAGAAGGUGCUCAAUGCAUAUGAGUUUGAACGCCAUGCUGGUUGCAAGACAAAACAUCCAAACAAUCAUAUAUAUUUUGAGAAUGGAAAGACUAUUUAUCAGAUUGUACAAGAGUUAAGGAGCACUCCUGAAAGCAUGUUAUUCGAUGUAAUUCAAACUGUUUUUGGAGCACCUAUCAAUCAGAAAUCCUUCCGCAUAUGGAAAGAAUCAUUUCAAGCUGCAACUCGUGAGCUUCAGCGUAUCUAUGGGAAGGAGGAAUUGAAUUUGUGAAAGGAAAUUUUCCUCUAAAUAUGCUGUAGAAUAGCCUCUUUCAUGUGCAUAGAAACAGGUAUGGCUUGACAAAUUAUGUAAAGUUGUAGAGAACACUGUUCUGGGACAGGCCUAACGGUGCCUUUGUUAAUAUAUAGUUCAUGUACAAAUUAGUGUUCUGAAGUAACUGAAAUAAGAUACUUGGGUAGUAUAUAGAGGAGGGAAAAAAAAAUAGUAAAAAACACAGAAGAGAAGGGAAAGUUCUUAUUGCUAUGUAAAUCAUCUUGUGCCGAAAUUCUUCUUCAGAUGCGCAUGACUGAACUGGAAAACAUGAACGACAUAAGGUUGUUGGACCAUGUCUUUUUUCAUCACUUCACCAAGUUUCAUGCAUAUCGUGAUGUAGGUAUUAGGUGAUUCUGUCUUUUUUCCUCCUCACAGAAAGCAUUGGCUCUUGUAAGAAUUUUUUUAUGAUGUAGCAUGUUGGAACUUGAACAAAUUAGUGAAAUAUUUAGCAUC